UUUGUGUGACAAAGCUACUUGGAAAUUGUAGAACGAAAAAAAAAGAAAGAAAGAAAUAAUAUUUCGUGUUUUUUUUUAUUUGUGGAUAUUCCAAUUUAUUUAAUUAAAAAUUGAUCUGGUCGCGUGCUUGGUUUGUGUUGAUUUGUUCGGAAAUCAGAAAGUAAUAUGAUUCAUGGACACGAAUUAAGUUUUACUUCGCAAACUGAAGUAAUUUAGGUGAUUUACAUCACUGAAACGGGAAGGAAUAAAAACCAAACACACGAACAGGGCGGAUAGCUUUUGUUUCACUAUUCAACAUUUCUUGUUUCGAGACAAAAUCGAAAAUUUUCAAGAUAUAAGCAAAUAAUGAAAAAGUUCGAUUUCUAUCGAUUUUACAAAAUUAUCGGUCUCGUUUGUCUGUUGUAUUGUAUUGAAUUAUCACAAUGUCAUCGGUCCGAUGUUUAUAUAGCGGGAUUUUUCCCGUACGGCCAAGGCAAAGAGAACUCUGAAGUUGGGAGAGGUGUAAUGCCCAGUGUUAAAUUGGCAUUGGAUCAUGUUAACGAACAUUCGGAUAUUUUGGCCAACUAUCGGCUGCACAUGUGGUGGAAUGAUACACAAUGUAACGCGGCUGUUGGUGUAAAAUCAUUUUUCGAUAUGAUGCAUUCGGGACCGCAUAAGUUGAUGUUAUUUGGUGCGGCCUGCACUCAUGUCACCGAUCCCAUUGCAAAGGCCAGCAAACAUUGGCACCUAACUCAAUUAUCUUACGCCGAUACGCAUCCAAUGUUCACACGCGAUGCAUUUCCCAAUUUCUUUCGUGUUGUACCAUCGGAAAAUGCAUUCAAUGCACCGCGUAUGGCUCUAUUGAAAGCAUUCAAUUGGACCCGAAUCGGCACAAUUUAUCAAAAUGAGCCACGUUUCUCGUUGCCGCACAAUCAUCUGGUGGCCGUUAUGGAUUCCGAAAAUAUUACCGUUUUGGAAACGCAAAGUUUUGUCGCCGAUGUAAAUGAUUCAUUGCAAAAACUUCGCGAAAAGGAUGUUCGCAUCAUUUUAGGAAAUUUCAAUGAAUACUGGGCCAGACGCAUAUUUUGUCAAGCUUAUCAUCUGCAAAUGUACGGUCGUUCAUAUCAAUGGCUUAUCAUGGGAACGUAUUCGCUUGAUUGGUGGAUGAAAGAAAACGAUACCAUCAAUUGCACGUCGGAUCAAUUGAAAAAAGCACUGGAUGCCACCAUUUUAACGGACUUGCUACCAUUAUCGACGACCGGUGACAUCACAAUCGCUGGAAUUACUGCAAAUGAGUAUUUGACGGAAUACAAUAGCCGAAGGGGACGAGAAUAUUCCCGAUUUCAUGGAUAUACCUAUGAUGGCAUUUGGGCGGCUGCAUUGGCCAUUCAAUAUGUGGCCAAGCGGAGAGAACAUAUUACGAGUAAAUUUGAGUAUCGUGUCAAAGAUUGGGAGAAUAUCUUUCUGGAUGCACUCCGAAAUACAAGUUUCGAAGGCGUUACGGGUCCUGUACGAUUUUAUAAUAAUGAAAGACGUGCCAACAUUCUAUUGAAACAAUUUCAGUUUGACAAAGAAGUCAAAAUCGGCGAGUUCAAUUCAAUUGAAAAUAAACUAAUGUUUGAAUCGGGAGAACCACUGAAAUGGAUCGGUAGAUCACCGCCAAAGGAUCAAACGGUUCGAAUCAUCGAACGUAGUCAAGUGAAUCUCACGAUUUAUGCGAUUUUGGCCAGUUGCUCUGUCCUGGGCAUCUUCAUGGCAUCGGUUUUUCUUGGUUUCAACGUUAAAUAUCGAAAUCAAAGAUAUAUCAAAAUGUCAAGCCCUCAUUUGAACAAUCUUAUUAUUCUCGGAUGUAUGUGCACUUAUUUGAGUGUCAUAUUUCUGGGAUUGGACAGUGGUCUUAGUGGUUUAUCGGCCUUUCCAUAUGUUUGCACUGCAAGGGCAUGGCUUUUAAUGGCUGGAUUCAGUUUGGCAUUUGGUGCAAUGUUUUCAAAAACAUGGCGUGUCCAUUCCAUAUUCACCGAUGUUAAGCUCAAUAAAAAAGUUAUCAAAGACUAUCAACUAUUUAUGGUGGUUGGAAUUUUGUUAGCUAUCGACAUCGUUAUUAUGCUAACAUGGCAAUUUGCUGAUCCAUUUUAUCGCGACACCAAACAAAUCGAACCAGUUCAUCAUCCAUCGUUGGAGGACGUUUUGAUUGUACAAGAAAACGAAUAUUGCCAAUCAAGUAGGAUAACAAUUUUCAUUGGUGUUAUUUACGCAUACAAGGGGAUAUUAUUGAUUUUCGGUGCAUUCUUGGCUUGGGAAACUCGGCAUGUUUCAAUACCAGCGCUUAACGAUUCAAAACACAUUGGCCUUAGUGUUUAUAAUGUUCUCAUAAUGUGUAUCAUGGGAGCUGCAAUUGCACUUGUGCUAGCUGAUCGUCGUGAUGCUGUCUUCAUUUUGAUUUCAGUAUUUAUAAUAUUUUGUACAACAGCAACGUUGUGCUUUGUGUUCGUACCGAAAGUAAGAAUUGUGCUGUAUGAAAUGCGUCGUAAUCCGCAAGGAGUUGUUGACAAACGAAUACGAGCCACACUUCGGCCAAUGUCGAAGAAUCGACGAGAUUCAUCGGUGUGUGAGCUUGAACAACGCUUACGCGAUGUUAAAACAAAUAAUUGUCGAUUUAGAAAGGCGCUACUGGAAAAAGAAGCAGAACUACAGGGGCUUAUUCGUAAAUUGGGCCCAGAAGCACGUGCAUGGAUUGAUGGAACAACCGAUUCAGAGCCGCUUCUUAAUCGACCCACUCUGUCAGUUCCAAUUGUUCGACGAGAUAUGCCCAGUGCAACUGAUGUGACUGACAUGACAUCAGUUGGCAGUUUGACAUCAACUCAUGACUCGGAGCAUGUUACCACCAUGGCCGAUGGAAAAAAUUCAAUUCAACCAACUGAUCUACAGCAAUUGAAUGUACAAAUGAUGUCCGCACAAAAAUCGCAACAACUCAUUGAAACUAAUAACAAUCAACCGCUAAUAGAUUCAUCACAAAAAAGGCGUUUAAGUCGGUCUCAGGAAAAUAAUAUAGUUGAUAAGACUUCAUUACCAAUGGAUAAUCAUGCAAAAUCGCCCAACGAUUCGCACUACUUAAAAAAUAAAACACUUCAAUCGCCGGUUAAUCGUUACAAGGAGCUUGAAGAAAAAACCAUAAAAAAUCGAUCACAAUUGAUUUUAUCGUCAUUAACACAUUCGAACACCGAAUUGAAUAGUAUUUGCCCGCACAAAGGGAGUACAAAAAAUCUUAACCAAGAACAGCAUCGACGGGUCAGUGUUGGGGCGGCAAUGAAAGGAAAUUUUGUUGUGUCACAGAGCGAUUUAUGGGACACACACACAUUAUCGCAUGCAAAACAACGACAAUCACCUCGCAAUCAUCCAAAUCCACAGCGUUGUCAAGAACAUGCGCAUAGUGUACCGCAUGAACAAAAUAAUUUAAUAUCGGCACCGAUACAGCGAAGUGUUUCCGAAAAGAAUCGAACCAAACAUCGGCACAAGCCAAAAACAUUGAUGGGCCAAUCUGAAACGGAUAGCGAACGUGAACGUGAACGUGAAAAUCGAAAUCCAACGACGCCACAACGUAAACUUGCCAAAUCAAUACAACAUUCACAUCAUCAUUCAUCGCCAAAUGUGGCGCCGGAAAAACAGCGAAAACAUCGCAACAGCAAAGCCGAACUCUAUGGUGCUAGUUCUGAAUCGGAGCUUCUUGACGGCGACACCGCCAUUUUGCCGAUAUUCCGAAAAUUACUGACCGAAAAACAACCACGAUAUCGUCGAAAUAAUGUAGUCGGCGCGAGUUGUCCAAAUAUUUCGAUUAAGUGUGAUAUUGUAGAAUAUUUGUAAAGAAAGAAGAAAAAAAGAACGGAGAAACAAAAAAAUGAAUUCAAAACAAUAACGUGGACGAUUGCAUUUCAAUUAGCAGUUUUCCCUGCCUGAUUAGCUCGGCUUGAAUCAAUUGAUCGGAUCGGAUUAUUCGGCACAUUUGAUGUGUUUGUAUUCAAUCAGUAGUGGCUUUUGAAAAAAAAAACGUUCGAUUUGUAGUUUUUGACACACGGUUCCAUAUCGGACCAAGUGCCUACCACUUAGCCCAUCCCCAUUGGCAUUCAAAAUCAACACCCGAAAUGCGUAUCGUGUGCAAGAUAAAAGGGAUGAAGCACAAAUUAGUUGGCACUCGUUUCGUAUGCAUAUAGAGGCAUGCCAUUGUAUUUUUUGUUUCGCUCAAGUUCAUAUUUCGAACACUGUUAGUAAUUAGUGGAAAGCAAAUCAAAUCGAAAACAUUUACCUGCAAAAAAAAAACAAUUGGAAUUUGAUGUGGAAAAAUUCUAAAUAGAACCUUUCUUUUGCUAUCUAUAGAUAAACGUAUGAUUAAGGUCUAUAUUAGUAAUAUGUAGAAACUUCCUUUCACGAAGAGAUAGAAAGUGUGUGAGAGAGAGAGAGAAAGAGAGACAAACGAAGACGGAGAGCCUGGCCCGACACACAUAACUGAUAUUUCGAAUUGCAUGUGAAAUUGUGAUUAAGAGCUUUCUAUUUAUCGAUUAGCAAAAUUAUGCAUAGUUAUUCUAAAAUUGAUUCAAUUGCACCAAAGCAAUAUUUAAAAGACAUCCGAAAUUCGCUUUUAGACAAUUAUCAACGAAACAUUUUCUCAAUAUAUCUAGAAAAAUUGAAACAUGUGGCGCAAUGAUUGUCAUGAUGAAAGAAGGUACACUGGUGGUAUGUAGCAGUGAAUAGAAUGACGCUAGUUCGAUAUGAAUAGCGUGCUAUUGAUACAUUUUAAUUUUGUGACAACAAAAAUUUGGUUCUUCAUCGUGUGAACUCAAAAAUAGAGUUCUAUUUUGAUAUUUUAGAUGUCUACGUUUGAGGGGAAAACGUUGGUGAUCCAAAUUUGUUGUCACAAAAUUGAAAUGUGCCAAUAGCACGAUAUUCAUAUCAUACUACCAAUAGUAUCACGAUAUAUCACUAGCGUCAUUCUAUACACCCUAUGUAGUUAAACAAAUAGAGGCGCCGAUUAUGUGUGAAACAUUUUGAAUUCAUUGGUCAAAUUGAACUCAAACACCGUUUUCUGUUGGAUGACAGCGUUAUUGAAUCAAACAUGUUAAACCGUUGAGAAUAUGAAUAAUUGCGAAAAAAAAGGGAAUUAAUAAGCGCCACAUGUAAAAAGCAACAGGAAAUUUUAAAUUGAUGAAAUUUUUUUGUAGACGAAAAAAACAAAAACUUAAACGACAGAAAAUGAAAACCAAAGUAGAAUUUAGAAAAAGCACAAUGCAUUCUGUCAAUUAGAUCGAUUGAUAAAUAAAAAUUCAAAAUUAGAUAUCGACUAUCGUUAACAAAAAGGAAUUGUUUAACGGUUUAUAUGUUUAAAAUGCCCUUAAAUGCACAUCAAAUCACUUAAAAACCUUUUUUGACAUCUCAAAAUUGCGGCAAUAAUAAGUGCUGGACACACAUACACUCACACAUACACACAAUUAAGUACAAAAAACAACAAAAACUGAAAAACUCAAUUCUCAAUUCACAAUCGAUUAUCGUAAUUUAAUUAAUUCUUUCAUUCUUUUUGUGAUACGACCGAUAUUAGUUGUUAGCUAAAUAGUUUGAUAAAUAAAAAUCCAAAUUUAAAUUGAA